AUGGACAAGUCAGAGUCGCAACCCAGCACCAGAGUAUUCCCGAAGCGUCGCCAGGAUGUUGUACGUUGGGAUGGAUGGGGCUACAAGGAAUGCAAGUUCCAGUUCAAGGAUAACGUAAUUUCGUUCUCGGGCGAUAGAUAUCCACUUUCGGGAGCAAAGCUUGAUAAUUUCCGAGAUUGGGUAGUGGACAUGUUCCAGGUUGAUGUUGCACGAUUCAAUCCCCCUGCCACUCCGCCAACUGAAUUUCCCGAACCGUUGAGAAACGAGAGUUUUCUGUCCGCACUGAGGAAAAUUGGAGUAGAUUUUUCGGAGGAUGGAAUGGAUCGCAUGAUGAGAUGCCACGGUCAAACACUGACUGAUAUUGAAAGCCUACGGAAGCACAAAUACAAACGAUUACCGGAUGUGAUUAUCUGGCCGAAUUGUCACGAGCAAGUGGUGAACAUUGUGGAACUGGCCGCUGCGCACAAUAUUGUCCUGAUACCGGUGGGAGGGAAUACUUCGGUUUCGCUAGCAUCGACAACUCCGUUGAUUUACGACAGAACGAUCGGUUGUUUGGAUAUGACGCAGAUGAAUCGAUUACUUUGGCUUUCCGAGGAAAAUUUGACUUCCUGCUUCGAAACUGGGGUCACCGGACAGGAUAUUGAACGAGAACUAAGAAAGCAUGGAUUCAUGCUCGGUCACGAACCGGAUUCGCAUGAAUUCUCCACUCUGGGCGGCUGGAUUGCAACACGGGCCUCCGGUAUGAAGAAAAAUCGCUACGGAAAUAUUGAAGAUAUCGUUGUGCGAAUAAAAAUGGUCACAGGAAAAGGUGUACUGGAGAAACAAUUCACUGCGCCCAGAGUUUCCGUUGGACCGGAUUUCGACCAUGUGGUCUUCGGUUCCGAAGGUACAUUGGGAGUUGUUACGGAGGCUGUAGUGAAGAUUCGUCGCAUUCCGGAUGUUAUUCACUAUGAAUCGCUGGUGUUCGAAGAUUUUGAAACUGGUAUUCGUUUUUUGCGCGAGGUAUCCGAGAAGCGUCUCCAGCCGGCCAGUAUUCGAUUGGUUGAUAAUAUUCAGUUCAAGUGCGGAAUGCUGCUGGAUUCAGGCGGAUCAUUUUUCACGGGAUUUUAUGAAUUUUUCAAAAACUUCUAUCUCACAACUAUUUGUGGAUAUGAUUUGGACCAUAUAGUGGCGGUUACCCUGUUGUAUGAAGGUGACGCGAAAAGUGUGGCCAACCACGAGAAACAAGUGCUCAGGAUAGCGAAGAAGCAUGGUGGUAUCAGUGGGGGAGAAAAGAACGGAAAAAAGGGAUACGUGUUGACUUUUGUCUGUGCUUACAUACGGGACUUCGCCUGGGACUACAACAUCGUUGGGGAAUCAUUCGAAACAGCGGUCGAGUGGGACAAAUGCGUUUCUCUGUGUACCAAUGUGAAGGAUUGUAUCUUGCGGGAAUGUACAAAGCGUGACAUCAAGUACAUAGCCUUGUCGGUCCGGAUUACACAGAGCUAUGAUGACGGCUGCUGUGUAUAUUUCUACCUACUGUUCAAACAUUUAGACAUUCCUCAAGACUCGCUGCAGCUUUUCAUGGAAAUCGAGGAAGCCGCCCGCGAGGAGAUCUUGGCAUGUGGGGGAACUCUUUCUCACCACCAUGGCGUAGGGAAACUGAGAAGCAAGUGGUAUCCGGUCAGUGUAUCCCAGGUCGGCGUUGGACUAUAUAAAGCAGUAAAAAACGAACUGGAUCCGAAAAAUAUAUUUGCAGCAGGGAAUUUAUUGGAACCAGAGCUGGUAGCUAAAUUGUAA